GUCAUCGGCUAGCGGCGUUAGGCAACAACAGCAAUUGUCCGUUUGCUCCAAUACGACGGCAUUUAGUUGAUUUUGCGGCGACCACUAUUGUGUGCGACAAUAAUAAAUAGUGACUGUUCCUUUUUGGGAAAUUCCAGUGAUUUUUGCUAAUGUUGACAUUGCUCGAAUUAUUCAUUUUAUAUGAGUGUUGAUUUUGUUUUUCAGUGUUCUUUUAUUUGUUUCAUACAUUUUGUUUUGAAUCGAGCUUACGUUUUUGUGUGCCUUUUAAUAUAAUAGCCGAUGUGUCACUUGGAUUAAAUCGAUGGACAAAGUAUAACAAACAUACGUUCUCGAGAACGCAAAAAAAUAUGAAGUGUGACUUUUCAACCGAAUAUCCAUCAGUCUUCGCUGAAGAAAAACCGAACGGAUUUUACUUUUUAAAUAGAAAUCGAAGUUGAUCUCGAAGAAAAAUUCAACACAAAAACUGUGCGUAUGGAAAAUUGUGUGUGAAAAAAGAUCAUACGAAAAAGAAAAAAAAAACACAAAGUGAAAAAGAAAUAAGCCAGCCCCAAAUAUAAGCAGGCCCAACUGAAAACCAUGGAAAAAUGUUGUAAAAUCCGAUGAAAACUCCAGAAAAUAUUUCAAAACGACGAGUACGUGUACCGUUUCAACAGGACUUUGUUCCAAUAAACAAAACCAAUUUCAAAAAUUAGUUUUUCAAAAUUCAGUUUAAACUGUGUAGUAUAACAUCGCGGUGAAAAAAUCGUUGGCACAUUCAAUAGGCGGAAACAACGUAGUUGGAUAAAUUAACUAUACAUAUCGUUUUGAGUUGUAUGAUUUCAACGAUGCAUGUUGGUUGCAUGUAGUGUUCCUGUGGAAAAACGCGUUACAGUAAAUUGUCGUCGUCACUUUGGGUCAGAAUCAUCAUCAAGCUCAAUUCUCAAGCGAUGAUUAGCAGUCGCAUUGUUCGUUUGUAGUUCGAACAGGAAGCCAAACAGCGCAAAAACGUGAAUAUAAUUACACUCGACCGAACAACAAAGUUUCAUCAAUUGAAACAGGGAUUAAUUAAGGAAAAUAAAAAAAAGAGCAGACACACACACACACACACCGUAAGCGAUGGCUGAAAACGUAAAAGUAAUUGUUCGGUGUCGACCGAUGAAUGAAAAGGAGCGUAAUAUGAAAUGCAAGAACAUCAUAAAAGUCGACAAAUGCAUGAUUAGUAUACAAAACCCGGCCGAUUUAACCGCACCAUCAAAGGAAUUCACAUUCGACAGUGCCUACGAUUCGAAAUCGUCCACUGAAAACAUAUACAAUGACAUUUGCUACCCACUGGUUGAGAAUGUGUUGGAGGGAUACAAUGGAACGGUGUUUGCGUACGGUCAAACUGGGUGUGGUAAGUCGCACACAAUGCAAGGGCCUGAUACACAUCCCGGAAUUAUAUUGACUAGUGAACAAAUCGCUCAACGCGGUCUCAUAUCACGUUCCUUCGAUCACAUUUUCGAAGCGAUGUCGGUAACGUCCGGUAUUCGAUAUCUUCCGUUAGUAAGCUACUUGGAGAUUUACAACGAAAACAUUCGUGAUUUGCUCAAUCCCAACAUUGCAUCGGGUACAUUGGUUUUGAAAGAGCAGCCAAAUGAAGGUGUUAUCGUUCAGAAUUUAUCGACACACGCUGUACACAGUGCAGAGGAGUGCGAACAACUGUUAACCAUUGGUACGAAGAAUCGUAUGGUCGGUGCCACUCUGAUGAAUGCAGGUAGCUCGCGAUCACAUUCGAUUUUUAUCAUAAAUCUGGAGCAAAUAACAACUUCAAAUGGAGCUGCUGCGACUGAAGAAGACAAUAUUGCAACAAUCAAAAAGGGAAAAUUGAAUCUCGUUGACUUGGCCGGAUCGGAAAGACAAGCCAAAACUGGUGCAACUGGAGACCGUUUGAAAGAAGCCACGAAAAUUAAUCUUUCGCUUUCGGCACUUGGCAAUGUGAUUUCUGCAUUGGUCGAUGGCAAAUCAAAACAUAUUCCUUACAGAGAUUCGAAACUCACCCGACUCUUACAAGACUCGUUAGGAGGAAAUACGAAAACGAUUAUGAUCGCCUGCAUUUCACCCGCCGAAUUUAACUAUGAUGAAACAUUGUCGACCUUGAGAUAUGCCAGUCGUGCAAAGAACAUCAGCAACAAACCUGUGAUAAAUGAAGACCCCAAAGAUGCUAUGCUACGUGAAUAUCAAGCGGAAAUUUUGAAACUGAAGUCACAACUGGCCAAUAGUGGCAUGACAAAUGGGGUUGAAUCGUCUAUUGACUUGGAGAUGAAGAAGAAUAUCGAAGCAGAAAAGGAAAAAUUGGAAAAUUUUUAUGAAUCCGAAACUGAACGCCUGAAGAAUGAACAUGAAAAUCAACGAAAAGAAAAGGAGGAACUGAUGAAUGAUAUGGAAAAGCUCAAAGCCCACUACGAGGAAAAAAUAUCGGCCCUGAACACACAAGCCAAUAAACUACCACAAAACAAUGAAGUGAUUAAUAAAAUACAAGCAUUGAAGAGCUCAUUAGUUGGUGGCGAAUGUGCAAAUAACACACAAUUGAAAGAGAAACGUCGACGCAAGAAACUGGCCGCUGAGCAGCGAAUGAAUGCCAUUUCAAUGGCACUUGAUAUGUGUGAACACGGUGAGGCUCGUGAUAUUUUACAAGGACACUAUACUGACAUUCAACAGGAGCUAAAAUUGAAAACCGAUGCUCUCAAAGCUAUUUCACGGAAGGCCUAUGCGCUGGAACGAGAAGUGAGUGACUUACAGUCCGAGUUUCAACUCGAUCGAACCGAUUAUCUUGAAACCAUUCGCAAAUUGGAGAAAAAUUUGAAGUUUUAUCAGCAAUUGAUUGAGCUAUCGCUACCGUACCUGAGAAAAAGUGGCCGGCUUUGGGAUCCGGAAACAAUUAAACAUGACUCGAUUUGGAAUGAAGACUUGAACAAAUGGAAACUACCAGAAGAUUCAAUGACACGGCUUCGUUUACCGCCUGCAGACAACUUGAAAACGUUUCGUGAAGCGGAAAAAGAGGAGAUUUUAGAUUCUGAAGUAAAUCACAACUUCGAAGCGGAUAUGUAUUUGGAAAAGUUGGAGCAAGACAAUGAGAAGAAAAUGGAACGAUCAGAUGCCAAUGAUAUUUUGGGUACCUAUUUCCGACCGCGUCGUGCUGCUGAGCUCAUUCAUCAGAAUAAAGUGUUGAAUUUCUGGAAGGAUUACUCGAAGAAAAAUAAUCGACCAUCGUAUAACAGCUGGAUGACGCCCACAGCGCUAGCAAACAAUUUAUCGAGUCCCAGUUCGGCGACCUGGCAACCAAUACCAAAUUCUGCCGCAUUGAAAUCGAUACGAAACGGUAAUGUGAUAGAUCAUGAGAGAAAGAGGUUAGAUGACGUAAUGAAUAAACCCUAUUACGGCGUACGACCAACUUCAAAUGUUUCUCUCGCCCCAAACACUUGUAACAUGUAUAAACCACUAAAUUAUCUACAUUAUUUUAAUGAGACAGGCGAUCGAACGCUCCACUCACUAAGGAAACCCAUCACACCGGCACCAUUCUUACGUGACGAUGUCAUCUGAAUUGGCAUCCCUCUUUGAAUUGGCAUGAAUCUGAAUCUUUAUCCCUGAAUUGGCUUAAAUCUUCAGACAAAAGGCUGCAAAUCUGUGGUUACACACAUCUCUAUCUCCUUAGGUUUUCAUGCACUUCGUGAUUUUCCCGAAUAACUGCUACAGGACACUUGACUCUAACAUACUCAAUCAACUAUCUCAAAACUAUGUCUAUUACUUUUCGAACAAUUUUUGUAUUUCUAAGACUUUAUCAUUGACACAUUUCGAAUGAACGAAAGCAUCAGAGCUUUACGUUUAGCUUUAAAUACCAAAAAUUAGGCGUGAACUUAUUCGCUUAUUUUCCUGAAAAAAAAGAAAAACUAAAAAUUGUUACAUUUUAAAUUGUCUAUUAAUGUUGAUGUUCAAAUGAUUUAAAUAUUUUGGCCAAGAAACGAAAAACAAAGAAAAAUAUAUAUGCAGAAAAUUA